CCCACCCAGCCCACCUCCACCUUCCGCAAGCCGGUCUCCGCCCACUCCCCCUCCAUCUCUACUUCCUCCUAGCUCCCCCCUGCCUCCCACAAGCCCACUACCACACUCCUCACCACCUCUUAAACCAAACACCCCGCCAGGCCAGCCACCCCGAACCUCUCCUAGCCCACGUUCAUCACCCCCUCCGUUGCAAUCUCCUUUACCAUCGCAAUCCUCGCUGUCACCACCACCCGUAUUGCUGCUGCAGCCGCCGCCCUCCCCACCGCCUCGGCCAACGCUACCAUAUCCACAGCCGGCCUCAUCGCCCUCCAUGCGACCACCACCGUUGUCGGAACGGCCACCCUCAUCCUCCUCAUUGCCGCCUUCCACCUCCCCUCGCCCACCUCCGUCUCCCCCACGACCGCCCCCGCCUCCCCCACGACCGCCCUCGCCUCCCCCACGGCCACCUCUGUCCCCCCCACGGCCACCUCCGUCUCCCCCACGGCCACCUCCGUCUCCCCCACGGCCACCUCCGUCUCCCCCACGACCGCCCUCGCCUCCCCCACGACCGCCCUCGCCUCCCCCACGGCCACCUCCGUCUCCCCCACGACCGCCCUCGCCUCCCCCACGACCGCCCUCGCCUCCCCCACGGCCACCUCCGUCUCCCCCACGGCCACCUCCGUCUCCCCCACGACCGCCCUCGCCUCCCCCACGACCGCCCUCGCCUCCCCCACGGCCACCUCCGUCUCCCCCACGACCGCCCUCGCCUCCCCCACGACCGCCCUCGCCUCCCCCACGGCCACCUCCGUCUCCCCCACGGCCACCUCCGUCUCCCCCACGACCGCCCUCGCCUCCCCCACGACCACCUCCGUCUCCCCCACGACCAACUCCGUCUCCCCCACGGCCACCUCCGUCUCCCCCACAACCGCCCUCGCCUCCCCCACGACCGCCCUCGCCUCCCCCACGACCUCCUUCGCCUCCCCCACGACCGCCCUCGCCUCCCCCACGACCGCCGUCUCCCUCCCCACGGCCGCCACCAUUCUUCCCACGCCCGCAUUCUCCGCCCCCUGCUCUCACAUCACCCACACCGCAACGCAGCCCCAGCCCACCCCGACCCCCAAGGUUACUGUCGCCGCAGCUACCGUCAAGGGGCCCCCAGGUCCCGGGGCCACCCAGCCCGCCAGCAUCCCCUCGGUCGCCCCGCAAACCGAAGCCGCCUCCCUCUCCCCUGCUGCCUCCCGCGCCUCCCAG